AUGUCCGGUGAAAAUGCAGAUUCUUACUUGCCUGAACGUGAACAGCGGGAUGCUUCAAGAUACUUAGUCGACGAAAAUAUAUCACUCAAAGGCUAUUCAGUUGGGCUUAAAAUAGAAAAAGUGCCUACAGACACAACUCCAGAAAGUAAAUUCAGAACUAUCAAAAAAAUGGAACUGAUAGUAGAACUAUCACGCAAUCCAAUUUUUCACUGUGUCCUGAUUUUUUCUGCCUUCGUAUGUGGUUUCGGUUAUAAUCUGGAUUACUCACUAAGGAAUAUUUUUGCUGGUUAUGCCACCAAUGACUUUUCCCAUCAUUCAUUGCUAUCUACUAUUCAAGUUGUCAACGGAGUAUCUUCAGCAGUUGCACAAGUGAUAUUUGCCAGACUAUCUGAUUACUAUGGAAGAAUACAAAUGUUUUUUUUGGUUUCGUGUUUCUAUAUUGUUGGAACUAUAUUGCAAUCCCAAUCGAAAAAUGUCCAAAUGUAUGCUAGCGGUGCCUUUUUCUACAGUACCGGUUACGUUGGUGUGUACCUGAUGGUUUUGGUUAUUCUUUCAGACUUUUCAACUCUAAACUGGCGAUUGUUCUAUAUUCAUGUACCAGACUGGGCAUUCAUUAUCACAACUUGGGUUUCUGGGAAUAUAGUAGAUGCUGCCAAACCAGUAGAGAAUUGGUCAUGGGACAUCGGAAUGUGGGCAUUUAUUUUCCCUCUAUGUUCGAUUCCUUUCCUUUCUUUACUCUUCUUCUUAACUUACAGGACUAAAAAGUCAGGUAGAUGGAGCGAAACUACUUCGACAAGAGAUAAAAAAUCCAUUGGUGACAAGACAUGUGAACUAUUUUGGAGCCUAGAUAUAGUCGGUUUGUUACUUUUAUCUACUUCGGCUGGUUGCUUGUUAGUACCCCUAACUACAGCAGGAGGUGUUGUUCAAAAAUGGAGAAACAGUAAAAUCAUUGCAGUACUGGUCUUAGGUUUUGUGUUAGCCGCUCUUUUCUUCAUUUGGGAAGCAAACUUUUCAAAAACCCCAAUACUCUCCACGCAUUAUGUCAGUAAUAGAGGUAUAUGGGCUCCUUUAGUCGGUGCAUUUUUCAUGCAAUGUGCAUAUUUGAUAACCACCGAUUAUAUGUAUCCAUUAUUGCUUGUUGCUUUCAAUGAAACUCCUUCUUCUGCUACUCGAAUUGCGUCUUUGCCUAAUUUUGCUGCUGUAACUGCAUCUCCGUUUGUUGCUCUUUUUGUCGUAAAGUAUAGGCGUUUGAAAUUACUGAUACUUUUUGGAACUGUUAUGUAUUUCAUCUCAUUUGCUUUAUUAUACAACUAUAGGGGCGGGAGUUAUUCAAGGUCUGGUUUAAUUGCCGCUACAGUUUUGAUGGGAUCCAGUACUGCAUUUUGCGCUUUUCCAUUGAACGUCUCUUUACAAUCUGUUUCUUCUCAUGAUCAAAUGGCAUUAAUAACUGCUUGUUUCUUUGCCGUUUCUAGAUUGGGAUAUGCCUGUGGAUCAGCAAUAUCCGGGGCGAUUUGGACACAGAUUAUGUACAAAGAGAUUUCAUCUCGUCUCUCUGACCCUGCUGUUGCACUCACGGCCUUUUCUUCGCCGUAUGAAUUUAUAGCGUCUUAUCCAUGGGGGACGGUUGAAAGAAUGGCUGUAGUAGAGGCUUAUAAGCAGGUACAAAAAAAGAUUAUGAUCGCUGCAUUAACAAUGCUAGUACCUCUACUUGUUAUGGUAUUUCUUAUUAGAGAUCCGAAGUUGUAUCAUGAUAGAAUUGCUCCUUGUGUAGAUUCCGAAGGAAACGCAGAAAUUCAAGAAGCUGAUCCAUUAUUAAAAUGGUACAAAGUUUUCAAUAUUAGAGGACAUAAAACUUCUGACUUCGAAUAA